UCAGAGGCGCCGUGUAAAUAUAUUUUCAAUGAGUCUAAGCAUGAAUACGGGUACAUUCAAUUAAUGUUUUACAUGAAUAAUGGUCUUUUAAAUCCUUAUUCAUGCAGUUUUUGAAGUUAUAUUUUCAAAUCCGCCUCCGUUAACGUAAUCUAAAUUGGCCUAAAGUGUUUGAAGGUGCGUGUGAAAGUCUUUCAUACCAAAGUGAUUUUCUGUCAUGAUGUGAUUCUGUUGGCGUUCCGCUUUACGCUUUGGAUAUUUCACAAAAGACGCGUUUGUGAGGGAAUUUCUUACUCAACAGAGACCGCGUGAAUUAGUGCAAAGAGCAGUAUAUCACUCUAUCACAUACGGCCAUCUUGUUUUAGCAAUUGCUACGUUAUCAUUUAAGACAAACGCGUAAAGGAAUAAGAAACUGUGAUGAUGUCGUAUUUACCACUGACUUGUGUUCUGCUGGGAUAUUACACUGCACUUUUGGGUGGAUUUUUAUUUACUGGGACUCAUGGCGCGUCAAUUGCCAAUAUGUGGACAGGAUGUCCGACGAAUGUAGCAGAAGAUGUGACGGCAUGGAAAGAGUUUGGAACCAUUGACAAGGCUAAAGUCCCUGACGUUUGGUCACCUCAGUAUCGAUUGAAGUCCAUUACUCCGCUCGACACCCCGUUCGCCAAGAUCAAGUUGUACCAGCAAAAUGGGUCCCUUUACUACGAUAACAACCCGGGAUUUGACUUUGAAACGAACCCAACAUACACGGUAGUGGUUGAAGUAAUAAAGAACGCUCCCACGCCAGAUGAGGGCACGUGCGUGGUGACUAUAACCAACGUCAAUGAGGCCCCCAGGAUAACCAAUCUGCCCAACCCAACCUCCAUCAAAGAGAAUACAGUUUUUGGAGCUGAUACUGACAUAUACACGCUAACGGGCACAGACCCUGACGCAGGAGACGCCAUCAAAUACACUAUCUCCGAAGUUAAGCCAACCAGUGGUACAGCUAAGUUCAAAAUAGGCCCAACAGCAACUGGUACCAAAGUGCAGGUCGUAUCAGGUGCAACAUUUGACCACGAGACCACCGACCACUACAACUUGACCAUCAAAGCGGAGGACACAGGAACUCCGAAGCUUUCCGACACGAACAUCCUCAAGGUCGACAUUGUGGACGUCAACGAGGCUCCAUUCUUCCCACAAUCGGCGGCAGGAAAUAACCCUGGGGGUAAAGUUACAGUUGAGGAGGAAUCGGCUGUCGGUUCAGUUCUAACUAUCAAUCACGACUUCGGUUCGUUCAUCCAAGCGAAGGACGUUGACAAGGGUGACACUUUGACCUAUUUUCUCGAUGGAGCCCAGAAUGGAUUCUUUGAGGCCAGAAAUGAUGCAGGCAUCUGCAAUAUCUACGUCAAAACAAGAAUUGACUCGGAGACGAAUGUUAUCAACCGGGUAUUUAACCUGAAGGUUUUCGCACGAGAUUCUAAAGAUCUCAUUAGCACUAAUUUCUACUCGCUGCGAGUUACAAUCAAGAAUAUUAAUGACAACAUGCCUGGCUGUGACCCGACAAGCUACUCGGCCACCGUAGCUGAGAACACGGCGGUGGCUACCACCAUUCUGACUGUUACUUGUACCGAUGCGGAUGGAGCGCUUGACAGGUACGACAUCAAAGGAGAUGUCAACGCCCCAAAAUACUUCGAGAUCGACAUCAAUGGCGCUCUCAAGGUCAAAGACCUGCCUGACCUUGAGACUUCGAGCACGAUCAACUUCACCGGUUAUGCUGUCCAGGGCACCCCGAGCACUUCAGCAUCAGUGAGCAUAUCAAUCACUAUCACCGGCAAGAAUGACAACAAACCUCAAUUUGGCAGCACCUUCUACAAUAUGGAGACGGUGUGUGACUACUAUCCUGUGCCGUAUCCUUUAAUUACCGUUGGUAAGACGUCGGCAACGGACAAGGAUAUAACCACCUCGGUAUUGACGUAUGCCUGGGUUGGUAACGACGCUGUUGGAACGUACACCAUCCUGAAGACAGAGGGCCGCAUCAUCCCGGCAAGGCAGCUGAAGGCGGCCUCUGAAUGUGACCAGAGAUGGUUGUACUACGUCAGAGCGUCGGAUAAUGAGCUUACUCCAACUUUCUCUGAUCAUGUACCAGUCAGAAUUGAUUCCUUUAAGGCCGCCCCAUAUCUCGUUGACUUCCACGUGGGCGAGUCGACUUCUUACUUCACUGAUGCCCGCAUCACUCGAUUCUUGUCGGCCUGUUCCGCCGGCUGCAAUGGAUGUCUGUGUCGUCUCUACAGGAUAUCGGCGAGGAGUGGAAGUUCAACGACCUUAACUAUCUAUGCCUUGACGGACUCGAGCACAGAGCUAUUCAGUAACGUCAACCAGCCGAAAAACUACGUCGCCAAAACCACCAUGAUUACAACUUUUGACCCCAAUACUAAAGCCACCUCUGGCCUAAGGCUCUAUGAUGAGUUCACCAUCACUGGGUUGGAGGAGACUAUCCCAGAUCCCGCCUUCCAUGAAACUAUCGGAGGACAGAUUGUGAUCUCACUGCUCUGUAUCCUUGCCACCGCGGCCAUCAUCGGAGGAGCGGUCAAAUGUGCCAGGGUCCAGCAGGCCAAAAAGUCAGGUAAAGGCCAAUUCGAGGAGAAGAGGAAAUUGCAACCAAAGAAGAAGAAGACUCCAGUGAAACGCGUUGAUGCAGAGACAGGUUAUAAUGGCUUCAACUUUAAAUACUAAAUCAGUUCUCAUGCCGACUUACUGGCGGUGCGGAACAUCAAUCCUAAAAUCUCCUCCCUGUGUUCUAUUGCAGUGUUCGUUUUGGCUUUCAAGUCGUAUCAAGUGACAGUUCAACAGUGUCCUUCUGUUUUCGGGGUCUGUUUAUACGAACCCAUUCAACUGAUUUAUUUUUCGAAUUUUAUUGGGAACGAAGGACAAUAAAUAGUGAAUAAAUGUACAUGUACAUAAUAGUAUAUAUCGAUACAGAUCCAUGAUGGAUAAAUAGUUUUGUACAGAAUGAAUUUCAUGUAUCAAUGCACUUCAAUCAGGUGGUCUCACUACCAUCCUGAACCUCAGACCAACACUCGGCACUAACGACCGAGCUUAUGACGCGAUGGGCUGCCCUGGGAAUCUAUCGGGUGCGGGCAUAUUUUUAAGAAGCUCAAAACCUUUAUUCUUAGGGUGUACAUGCACAUUUUUGUAAUUAAGUUAUAAAUAAAUAUUAUUUUAUAUUCCAUUAUACUGUA